AUGGCGCGCCUGGUCGGCCUGGAGGACGUGAAGCUGGCUUUGCGGUUGGCCUGCAUCGACCCCUCGCUGGGUGGCGUGGGCAUUUCCGGCGGCCACGGCACGGGCAAGACGACGCUGGCCCGUUCGCUGCGGGGCAUCUUGCCGCGCAUCGAGGUGGUCGAGAAGUCAAUCUGCAACCUCGACCCCAGCAAGCCGGAGGAGUUUGACAGGCUGUCGAAGCAGCGCAUGGUGGUGGGCGCCGACGGCACCCCGCAGACCAAGGUCAUCGACUGCCCCUUCAUAGAGCUGCCCCUCGGGUGCACCGAGGACCGUCUGGUGGGUUCCCUGGACGUGCAGGCUUCCAUGGAGACCGGGAAGCCCGUGUUCGAGCCAGGUUUGCUGGCGCAGGCCCACCGGGGCAUCCUGUACAUCGACGACGUCAACCUGCUCCAGGACGACCUGGUGAGCCUGCUGCUCACCGCGAUCGAGAGCGGGGUGAACCGCGUCGAGCGGGAGGGCCUCUCCGUGGCGCAUCCGUGCCGGCCGUUGGUCGUGGCCACGUGGAAUCCGGAGGAGGGGCCCCUGCGGCCCCACCUGCUGGACAGGCUGGCCAUGGCGCUGAACACUGACGAGCAGACGGUCUACAUGGACGUCGACCAGCGCGUAAUAGCCGUGAACGAGGUGUGCGACUUCGCGGGCAGGCCGAUGGAGGCUACGGCGGAGAGCGCCGAGGCCACGCAGGCCACGCAGACGCAACUGCUCUUCGCGCGCGAGUUCCUGGAGGACGUGCAGGUCACGGACGACCAGAUGAAGCGCUUCGCGGAGGAGUCCGCCCGGGGCGGCUGCGAGGGCCACCGCGCGGAGGUCUUCGCAACCAAGAUCGCCCGAGCGCACGCCGCGCUGAACGGGCGGGACUGCGUGUCUGCGGACGACGUGCAGAUGGGUAUCAAGCUGGCGAUCAUCCCGCGCAUCAGGGUGCGCCAGAACUCGCCGGAGGACGAGGAGCAGCCGCCGCCGCCCCCGCCCCCGCCCCCGCCGCCAGAGGCGCAGGACGAGCAGCAGGAGGACCAGGACGAGCCGGACGAGCAGGACGAGGAGGAGCAGGACGAACCCGAGGAGGAGGAGGAGGACAACGACGCCGAGGAGCAGCAGGAACUGCCCGAGGAGUUCAUGAUCGACCCCGAGGGCGCGAUCGUCGACGACGACCUGAUGAAGUUCCAGAGCCAGCAGAAGAAGCAGGGCAGGAGCGGCAAGGGCAACAAGAUCUACUCCAUGGACCGCGGCAGGUACGUGAAGGCGAUGCUGCCGAAGGGCGGGGACGCGAAGGGCGGCAAGAUCGCCCUUGACGCCACGCUGAGGAACGCCGUCGUCUAUCAGAAGAUGCGCAAGGAGGAGGCCAUCAGGAAGAACACUCCACCGGACCAGCUCCGCAACGUCUACGUGGAGAGGAGCGACAUCUGGGUGAAGAAGAUGGCGCGGAAGGCGGGCGCCCUGGUCGUCUUUGUGGUCGACGCGAGCGGGUCCAUGGCGCUGAAUCGCAUGCAGAACGCCAAGGGCGCCGUGCUGAGGCUGCUGGAGAACGCCUACCAGAAUCGCGAUCAGGUCGCCCUCAUCCCCUGCCGCGGCAUCAGCGCGGACGUGCUGGUGCCGCCGACGUCUUCAGUGUCGCGCGCCAGCUCCAGCAUGCAGGUCCUGCCGUGCGGCGGGGGCACGCCGCUGGCCCACGCGCUCCAACAGGCCAUCCUGCUGGGCACCAACGCGCUGAAGACUUCGGACGUGGGCAGCGUCUGCAUCGUUUCCAUCACCGACGGGCGGGCGAACGUGCCGUUGGCAGUCAGCGAGGGCGACGAAAUGGCACUGGACGAGAACGGCCGCAUGAAGAAGAUCCCGAAGGAAGAGCUGCAGGAGGAGGUAUUCGUGAUGGCUGACAGGAUCCGCGCCAUGGGCUUCAAGUUCCUGCUCAUCGACACGGAGAACAAGUAUGUGUCUUCGGGCAUCGCCAAGAAGGUGUCGGACCGCGCCGACGGCCGCUACUACUACCUGCCCCGUGCGGACGACAAGGCGAUCGCGAACAUUGCAGGGGACGCGAUCAACGAGCUCAGGAGCCGAUGA